AUGAGCCUUCAAAAGGCACAAGUUCUUGAAAAAUCUUGGCUCAAUGAGGGAGGAGUUGAAGAGGUUGGAUCUGCUAAAUUCAUGCAGAUAUACCGAAGCCGAGAGGUCGGUCAAUCAUAUAUAACCUCUGUUGGAACCACCUUAAUCGCUUUGGCUCAUGCAUUUUGGCUAAUGAUAAAGAUCAGACCUCAUGUGAUUUUGUGCAAUGGACCUAGAACUUGUAUACCUCUUUGUGCAAUUGCUUUCAUCUUCAAGAUUCUUGGAAUUAGAUGGUCAUAUAUAUUCUAUGUUGAAAGCAUUGCAAGAGUGAGGAGGCUUUCUUUGAGCGCAUUGCUUCUUUACAAACUACGCAUGGCUGAUCAGUUGUUUGUGCAGUGA